CUAUUCUUAUCUCGCAAGUGCGCAUGCGCACACAGAGCAGUAGUCUGUCAUGGCCCCGUUCAGGGAGGCAUUGUGCUGGGAGAGAAAUAUAAACCCCUCAGCAGGACACGGUUACUGAUGGGCAUCAGUUGUUGAGUUCAGGUCUCACUCUAAUGUCGCUUCUUCAGGAUGAAUGACAUGAACCUGAGUCCUGUGGGCAUGGACCAGCUCAGUGUGCCCUCAGUGAGUGCCAGCCAUCUGGGUCUGCCCACCUCCCCCACACACAACCCCAUCCCCACCCCAGGCAUGCCGGUGGCCAUCCCCAGCCUGGGCCCUUCCCUGGGCUCCCUUCCUUCUGCCCUCUCGCUGAUGCUCCCCAUGGGUCCACUGAGUGAUAGAGGAGUGAUGUGCGGCCUGCCGGAGAGGAACUACUCCUUGCCGCCACCUCCCUAUCCUCAUCUGGAGAGCAGCUACUUCCGACAUAUACUGCCAGGUAUCCUGUCCUAUCUGGCAGACCGUCCACCACCUCAAUACAUUCAUCCCAGCAGCCUUAACAUGGAUGGGGCCCUGUCUGUGGCCAGCAACAAUCCCUCAGCUCUGGACCCCUACAGUGGCCCUGGAGGCCCACUGGAACAAGGCCUGGUGCCCAUGGACUCCAGACAGGUCAGUGGCCAGGCAGACCUCCACCAGCCUGGUGCUCAUGAGCUGGACUCAACAGGGUUAGCCAUGGAGUCACGUGUCAGCAGCCCCAUGUCUCCUGACCGGAUGGGAGAGGAGCUAGCCACUAUGGAUGGAGUCGGGGUGGUGCCUGACACUCAGCAGCAGCUUGGAGGUGGACGGCAGCCUCAGCCGCACGAGGGCCUGGACUCAUCAGGUGGAGUCAUGCCCCUUCAUGGGCCCCCAGUACUGGAACUGCCAGUGGUGAUGGAGUCCGACCAUAUGGGGGGUCGAGUAGGGAACGCAGGGGGAGGAGGAGCAGGAGGACUAGGGGAGCAGCUCCACUCAAACGGGGAGUUGAACUCAGGCGUUGUCAGUGUGGUGCUCACUGGCUCCAUGACCAGCCAGGGCCAGCUGGAGUCUGUAUCGCUACAUGGACACUCUGGGAUGGGGCUAGAGGCUGUAAAUGUAUCCCCCAUCACUGCAGAGGUGUCGCUGGGGCCAGAAAACAACCUGGUGCUGGUGAACUCCACCCUGCAGCUUGAGGAUUCUACCUCCAACAAGGAGAACAUGGUCACUGCCUACACCAUCUGGUGCACACUGUGUGAGCGCUCAUAUACCUCAGACUGCCCAGAGCACGGCCCAGUCACCUUCAUCCCUGACGCACCCAUCCAAAGUCGGGCUCGCCUCUCUCUUCCGCGCCCUCUGUGCCUGCGCAUCUCAGUGGCUGAUGAACCGCUUGGAGUUUUUGCACGGGACGUUAUUCCUCCAAGGACCUGCUUUGGGCCAAUGGUGGGCCAGCACUGUAGUAACGUGGAUCUUUCUGACUGGCCUGAAAAGGACACACCGCAAAUAUGGAAGAUGUACCACAACAACGUGCUGGAGUUCUACAUCGUGACGACGGACGAGAAUGAGUGCAACUGGAUGAUGUUUGUCCGCAAAGCAAGGACCCGCGAGGAGCAGAACCUGGUGGCGUACCCUGCCAACGGGAAACUGUUCUUCUGUACGACCACAGAGAUCCACCCAGACCAGGAGCUGCUCUUCUACUACAGCAGAGACUACUGCAGGCUGAUGGGUGUUCCUCAGGUGCCCGAGGGUCAGAUCUGCCAAUGUGGCAAAGAGUGCUCCUCCUUCUCUGAGCUCAAGUCUCACCUCAGCAGCCAUAACAGUAACCAUAGCCAUAAUCAACCUCCACACAGCCACAGCCCAUCACAGCAGGACCACUCUCAGCAGCAACAGCAACAACCACAGCAGCAGCAGCAGCAGCAGCAGCAGCAACAGGAGCAGCAGACGCAACAGCAGCAACACACUCACCAGGAGGAGAAGCUGACCAAUGGGACUUCGAGCUCCUCCUCCUCCCCGUGGCCCUGCCACGCCCACGCUGCAGGACCAACAAACAGUGAUAGCGGCAGGGGCGGCAGUAAUAGAAACUCUAACAAUAAUGUUACCUCCAGAGCGAAAGGUCAGGGUCACGUACGGGAGAAGAAAUUCAAGUGCAGCAUGUGUUCCCGGGCUUUUAUCACAUCCACCAAGCUCAACGUGCACUUCAUGGGACACGUGGGGAUGAAACCUCACAAGUGUGAAUACUGCAGUAAAGCCUUCAGUGAUCCCAGCAACCUCAGGAUGCACCUAAAGAUUCACACAGGUCAGAAGAACUAUAGAUGCACGGUUUGUGAGAAGUCUUUCACCCAGAAAUCCCAUGUGGCGUCACAUAUGCUCAUCCAUACUGGUGCAGAGAAGCUCAAGUGUGACCUCUGUGACCGGGCGUUCAUCAGGAAACACGACCUGAAACAACACAUGUUCUCUCACACACACGAACGCCGGAUACAGUGCCCAAAGUGCAACAAGCAUUUCCUGAAGACCAACCACCUGAAGAAACACAUGAACUCUCACGAGGGCCGCCGAGACUUUGUCUGUGAGAAAUGCCACAAGGCUUUCCUCACCAAAUACCACCUCACCCGCCACCUCAAGAUAUGCAAAGGGCCCAAGACGGAGAGAGCGUCCCGUAAGGAACAGGACAUGGAUGAGGAAGAUGAGGAUGAGGAGGAAGAAGAUGAUGAUGGUAGGGGAAGAGGAGGGGAGAGACACGCUGACUCAGCCAGCAAUGAAGACUGUGGUUUAGACGUUGGAGGAUAUAACUCUGAAAAGUCCCUGUCACCCCCUCAUUGACAACACUGUGCCUCUUGAGAUGUCUUUGUUUAUUUAUUUACUUUACUGCAUUACUGACGUUUACCUCUUAGUUUUUGCCAAAUAUUAGUUACUUUAUCAAAUGUUCUAUUUUAACAUCUUGCAUAAUCCAAAUUUUAAAACCAUUCAUUUCGUCUCAUGCUGCUAUAAUAAAAUAGUCUUUGUCGUAUUAUAAGCCAACUGAUGAAGAUCAGACUGUAUUUCUACAAAGCUACUCUCUCUUUUCAUUGAACUCAGGCCUGUGUAAUAUUAGUUAAUGAUAUUCAUAUAAGCUAUCUGUCAUUCAUUGUUAUUCCUUAAUCUGUUAUUUCCUUGAUUCACUAACAUGGGAUGAAUCACUGAUUCAUUUGUAGUUGCACAAUUAAUGACAAUUAAAAUUUCUGAUGCCAUAUUCUUGCAUUUUUAGUCCUUAUAUAAGUAUUGGCUUUUGUUCUUUAUUUAUUACAAGCAAGAUUUUGUAUCUUUUUUUUUAUUGAAAAUUUUUGUGAACGAAAAUGAGCCUCUUAAAUACAGGAACCUGGGCAUUAACGUGUUACUCCUCAUCUUGUGAGUGUUGCCUCAACGUUAAAUAGUUCCAUCCUAUCUGUUGCAUAAUGAUUUAAUAAAUUAACAGUUACUGUUGGUUUA